UCUCAUCUCAACUCAUCACUGUCUCUCUGUCUCACUCUCUCACUCUCUCACUCUCUCUCUCUCGUUUCGUUAUUCUGCACCGAUCACUCUCUCUCACUCUCUCUCACUCUCUCGUUGUUCAUCUCAUCGCACCGAUCAUCGCACCGCCGAUCUACUCACAGAUCCACAGUUUGGUUUUGCAUCUCUGCACCGAUCGACUCACAGGCACUUCGUGUUGCUUUCAUACAUGUGGAGGAGAGUGGUGCAGCUGAUGGAAUGGUUUUAAAGGAAUUCUAUUCAAAGCUUGUUAAAGCUGAUGUACAUGGGAAAGAUCAGAUGGAGAUUGGCUGUUCUCCAAAAGUUGUCGUUGUCCCCGUUUGGAAUGCUCUCAGAAACUUACCUGAAGAGAAUGUUGAUUGGGCUUCUUUAGUAUGCAUGCAUCCAUUAUACAAGAGAGCUUUUGACAAAUGGCAACUCGUGGGUGUUCAUAGUGGUGGAGUAAUCUUAUCUUUUAUGAGGAUGUGCUUCAUUCAUGUGCUGCCUGUGAAAAUAAAUUUGGCGUCCCAAAAGGAGAAAGAGAAGGAAGAGGUUAGACCAUUGAGACAGAUGGAGAAUGAUUUAUUUGUACUGUUUCCACUAUACAUGCCACAUUUCCUGGAGCACAGCAAGUUUUCUGCACUUGUAAAAGGAAUUUACAGAAGCGAUUUCUGAAUGCAUUGAAGCAGGUCACUUCAAAUUUGAUAAUACUACAUUGCCGUUUAUUUUUUUAUCUUUCAUUUUAAGUGGUGAUCAGUUGGAUAUUUUCUCAGCUCUAUAAGACUUCUUUGGAUUUGUGGUAAAGAGAUCCUGUUGCUUCCUCUUUAAUUAUUUUAAAAGCUGACAUUGAUCGGAAAAUAUCUAUUUACUAUAUAUCUGAUCUUCUUUUGAUAAAUCUAUCUACUAUAUAAUAUGUUGGUCUAUUUUAACA